CAAAAGGUUUCAUAUUCGUAACCGGCGCAAUGAUGGGAGAGUGGGACAUGUUAUUCCACCAGCUGUACAAGCUGGAAUGUGUGGUUCGUCUCGAAGAAGAGCGACGUGAGGCGAAAAUGCGCUUGCGGCUCCUCAAUAUGAUGUCACAAGAGGUGGACAAGCAGAUUACAUUUGUUGCCCAGUUCAAGAAACAAUGGUUGCAGAACCGGCUCACGCAGGAGCAGCAACGCCAGGAGCUUAUGGAUGGUGAAAGUAAAUGGCGCCUUUACAUAGAGGAAGAGUAUAGUAGAGAGCUUAGGGAUCUUGUUUGAGCGUAGCCAGGGUGGUUUGAAGGUGAUAAAUCCUUACCCAAUUAAUACUUACAAAAGGAAAGUGCUUAUUUUGUUUUUUAUUUUUAUGUAAAAGCAAAGAUUUAUUGGCUUCAUAAAUAGGCCCCUCCUAUCACAGUUGCACACUAGCUUGUUGUUUACACUUCCACAUAUCUACAUAUAUUAAUAGUAGUCUGUAUCGGUGUAACACUAAUUUAUUUUAAAUAGGGGGACUAUUUGCACCCCAUUCCUAUUCUUUCUUGUUAUGCCACCUCACUUUACAAGAAGUCCACUCAAUAUUUCUUCACUUCCGCAGCGUGACCCUGUUAACUCUUUUCGUGUGCGUAAGAAUGACGAAAAAAGACGUUUCACAAAUACGGUCUAACAUCCUGCAAUACUUUGCACAUCAUGUAAUCUUUUCCCUCUACACAAUCUAUUUUAUUACCCCCAACAGGUAAGAAAUUCCUUUACACACAAAAAAACUCUAGUCGAUAUGAAAUACAAUUCGCCUUAAUGUUUCUGGCACUUUAGCCACUAAGAUCCCAAACGAUCGUUUUCUUGAUGUUUUCUUAACAAGACCAGCGGGUAAGCUUGCUUCACCUGCAAGCCACACGUUAUGCAAAAGUUUUAUGGUAAGUUAAACGAUUUUAUGCUCUAGUGUAUUGAUCAAUAUUACUAUCCACACUAAACAUGGCCAUAAGGAUUUGCAAUUCGGAUCGUGGUUGCACGGGCGCCAAAAGUGUUCUUGCCUUCAUUCCCUCACCAAUAUUGAUCCCACGAGAGAAAUGGAAGAGAGCUAAGGUUCAAAGGGAAGUUCACGUGAACUGCAGGAGAUGUUUUAGAGGAAAAGUAUAACUGCUCUUCCAUUAACAAAUAUGUCAUCUAUAUUUUACAACACAGAAUGAAACAAAUAUUUUCCUUUUAUUUGACUAUGUCUACUUUAUUAUUCUUCUUCUCGUACACACGUUGUCGGGGAAUAGAAAAAAUAAUGCAUAUAAUAAAAAACAAUUUACUUCAAAAGGGUGUUGUAGUCUAACUGGUCCAUAAGAAUCUACAUGAGAACUA